GUGCGCAAAGCGGUGGAACACAAACUCGCGCUGCUACACGAAGCUGGAUACGUGCACGGCGACGUGCGCGACGUGAACGUGUUGGUGUGCGGCGCCGACGGAUCCGGAGAAAAGGAUGUCCUGCUUGUCGACUGGGACUGGGCGGGCCGGGGCGCGGAGGCACGGUAUCCA